AUGGAUAAAAGAUACCAUAAUGGGUGCAAGGAACUUAAGACGGGCAUAGCGGCAAUAUGCCAUCAAGAAGCUUUGACUGCCAGGAAGCCGGCAAGCAGCGCUCCUCAAAUUGUCAAGUUCAGCUUUGCCAUCCUUGCUCUAAUCUGUCAAUUUUUGAAGAGCAGAGGCGUCCGCCUUGGCCAGAACCUCCGGCUUGCUAACCAGACUCCACCUGCGCACUUGUCAAUCGUCCGUCUGGUAUCCAUAUAUGCUUGGAUUGAUUACGCUCAUUUCCCAACACAACAAGGAAGGAGGAGAUCAACCGAUACAUUGAUCGGGCUGAACUACCCGCACCAAGGAACUGUCUGGCGGGGCAACAAGGUCGAGGACAGGGCGCUCUGCGAGCCGCGGAAGUGUUUGAAGAUGCUCAACAGCCAGCAGAUCCCGACGCUCUUCUGA